ACCGAAAAUUAUCAUUUUCCUUUUUAUUUAUUAAUUUUCCCUCAUUUCUGAUCGGCGAUCUGUGGGAAUCUCCCAACUCCUCGCCGCCGAUUCACCCAAAUCCGACCCGAAUUCUUUUACCCAAUUUCUUUAAUCACUUGAAAACCCUAAAUCUCUUACCGUUUUGCACUGUGAUAGCUUCCAAAAAUAAAUAAUACUCCUCAUUGAGUAACUUUGUCUUUUUUUGGGCGCGAGAGCAAAUGCUAUAAGUGCACUUAGGUUCUAAAAAAAUCAGUUCAUUACCUUGAUUUGCUCGAUCUCGUAAGUACACGUGGCGAUCUGGGUCUUGCUUCCUUUCCCAUUUCUUGCUUAAAUCUUGAUAAGCAAAUGUGGUUAUGCAUGAGAAUGAUUUGUCUUCCGGUGUUUGGCAUACUGGGUCCGUCAUAGCUUUUGCUUCAAGAUUUUGGCUUUGUAUUUGAUUUGAAGGUCCAGAUGGAAUCAAAUAUAGAAGAGGCUGUCAAGGAAAAAGAGUUUGCUGAGAAGCGAUUUGCCGAGAGAGAUUUUGCUGGUGCAAAGAAACAUGCGUUAAAGGCAAAAACUUUGUGUCCUGGAUUAGAGGGUAUAUCUCAGAUGGUGGCCACUUUCGAAGUUUAUGUUGCCUCUCAGGCCAAAUGCAAUGGUGAAGUUGACUAUUUCUCUAUUCUUGGUUUGAAGCCUUCUGCAGAUAAAGAUGCAGUGAAAAAGCAGUAUAGGAAGAUGGCCGUGCAGCUUCAUCCAGAUAAGAAUAAAACUGUGGGAGCUGAUGGAGCGUUUAAACUUGUAUCUGAAGCAUGGACUAUGUUGUCAGAUAGUCUUAAGAAAAACUCUUACAAUGUCAAGAGAAACAAACAGAUGGCAUCUUGUGCUGUUCAGACAAACUUAUCUUCAGUUCAUGCUGCUGGGGUUACAGGAUAUAACCAAUGUUCCAAUUCACCCACUGCUCAUGGACUUGAUACUUUCUGGACAGUCUGCACAUCUUGUAAAGUUCAGUAUGAGUAUCUUCGGAAGUAUGUGAAUAAGAAACUUUCUUGUAAGAACUGCCGGGGUACUUUCAUUGCCAUUGAAACUGGGGCAGCUCCUGUCAAUGGUUCUUUCCCUUACUGCCCUUGGUCAUAUGUCCCUGGUAAUGGGUAUAGAUGUAAUGGAUAUGAUGGGGUUGCAUAUGUCCCAACCACCACUACCCUAUAUACAGGAAAUGGGGUCUCAGGAUUGGAUGCUGGACACAGGUAUGAGCAUGUUUCAAAUGUUUCAUUUCAGUGGAGCUCAUUCUCUGGAACUUCUGGCGAUGCUGUGGGUCCCAAUGGAUCAUGUGCAGUAUCUUCUGAUAUUGUUUAUCAGGCUAAUGGAAAUGUUAGUGCAGCAAAGGUUAAACCAGCAGCCAAUGGAAGGCGAUCCAUGAAAACUGCCACAGAAAAAGUAUACUCUGAUGUAUCUGCAAGCUGUAAUGAAUUUUCAGGCUCCAAGACUGGUAGACCUGAUAAGAAAAGGAAGGUGUCUAUUGGUUCCACUUUAAGAAAUGGGAAUGAAGAAAAUGAACCUAAAUUGGGUUCAGAAGUAAGACUAGCUAACGGAUGUGCAAAUGUUGAGCACGACACCAAGCUUUCCAUUCCAAGUGAAGUUCCAACAAGACGCGGCUUGAUUGCGCCAGCUUUUGAUGCCAGAAAGUUGUUGAUUGACAAAGCAAGGACCGACAUCAGGAAGAAAUUGGAGGAGAUGAGAUUAGCUUCAGCUGCAGCAGUUACAAAGAACAUUGAAGAUCUGAUCACCAAGGCAGGAGAGGCUCCUAAACAAUCAAAUUCUGAUAUUACGGGUCAUCAUACAAAGCCAAACAAAAUCGAGCCAAUCUCGAUAACAGUCCCUGACCCUGAUUUCCAUGAUUUUGACAAAGAUAGAGCAGAGGAAUGCUUCAAGCCAAAACAAAUAUGGGCUUUGUAUGAUGAAGAUGAUGGUAUGCCACGCUUAUACUGUUUGAUUCGCCAGGUGGUCUCAGUUAAACCCUUUAAGAUUCACAUCACUUACUUGAACUCUAAAACUGAUAGUGAAUUUGGGGUAGUAAAUUGGAUAGAUUCUGGGUUUACUAAAUCUUGUGGACACUUCAGAGCAUGGAAUUCUGAUGUUGUUGAUCAAGUCAACAUUUUCUCUCAUGUUAUGAAAGGAGAAAAGCCUGGUAGAGGUGGUUGUGUUCGAAUAUACCCAAAAAGUGGAGAUGUUUGGGCUAUUUAUCAAAACUGGUCACCUGAUUGGAACAGAUCAACCCCAGAUGAUGUCAGGCACCAGUAUGAGAUGGUAGAGGUCCUUGAUAAUUACUCUGAAGAGCUUGGAGUUUGUGUUACUCCUCUGAUCAAGUUGACUGGUUUCAAAACAGUAUACCAAAGGAAUACAGACAAGGGUGCCAUUAGAUGGAUUCCAAGAAGAGAGAUGGUACGCUUUUCUCAUCAGGUGCCUUCUUGGUCACUUGAAGGAGAAGCUAGUAAUUUACCAGAAAAGUGUUGGGAUCUGGACCCAGCUGCAACUCCAGAUGAGCUACUUCAUGCUGCAACAGACGCGAAGGCUUAGCAUAACCAGAGUCAAGCAGGAAACGAUAUUUGUUUGGAGUCCAAUUUACCAUUCUUAUAGAAAAUUCUUAGGUUGACUGUACAAUAUUUUACACUUGGUUCAAAGGCAUUGCAACAUUAACUCCAUAUGAUCUUAGACAUCUUGAUGUUUACUGAGCGCUGUUGCAUCUGGAAUUCUGAGUCUAUCGACUGGGUUGUAGACAAUGUUCUUCUGUGGUUAUAUGGGGGCUGUUUUAACAUUAA